UCUUGUGGUAAAGGGGAGUGCUGGCCAUCAAAGGCAGACAGAAACAACUCCCAGGGGACAGCAGCCAGUGUGGUCUCAUUUUUAAAUUAGUACUCCGUUGGUGCAGGUAACAACAUGUUAGUACUUUUAGCGAUGUCUCCAUCUGUAAACCAGAAGCCAUGGAGGAGAUAAGGUAGCCUCCCCCUUGAUUGGAUGGGGAAGCCCAGUUCAAUGGAUGCAAAAUAUAAGGAUGACUUAUUUCGGAAGUACGUGCAGUUCCAUGAGGGCAAAGUGGAUCCCACCCCCAACAAGCAGCGACCUAGCAGCGAUGAAUACCUGCGGGUGGCAGCCUCAACCCUGCUCAGCCUGCACAAGGUGGAUCCUUUUUAUCGAUUCCGGCUGAUUCAGUUCUACGAGGUGGUGGAGAGCUCCCUGCGCUCACUGCGCUCCUCCAGCCUACAGGCUCUACACUGUGCUUUCAGCACGCUGGAAACUGUGGGCAUCAACCUCUUCCUCUACCCAUGGAAGAAGGAAUUCAGGAGCAUCAAGACCUACACUGGCCCUUUUGUUUAUUAUGUCAAGUCGACAUUACUGGAAGAGGACAUCCGAGCCAUCCUGAAUUACAUGGGCUACGUGCCUGAGUUGGGAACUGCGUACAAGCUCAAAGAGCUGGUGGAGACUGUCCAGGUGAAGAUGGUUUCCUUUGAGCUUUUUUUGGCCAAAGUUGAGUGUGAGCAGAUGCUAGAAAUCCACUCACAAGUGAAGGACAAGGGGUACUCUGAGCUGGACAUCGUGAGCGAGCGCAAGAGCAGCACAGAGGACGUGCGUGGCUGCUCAGACGCACUGCGACGGCGGGCCGAGGGCAGGGAGCACCUGACAACAUCAAUGUCCCGUGUUGCACUCCAGAAGUCAGCUAGUGAGCGGGCAGCCAAGGACUACUACAAGCCCCGCGUGACCAAGCCCUCAAGGUCGGUGGAUGCCUAUGACAGCUACUGGGAGAGCAGAAAGCCUCCCCUGAAGGCCUCGCUAAGCCUUCGGAAGGAGCCCAUGGCGGCAGACAUGGGGGAUGACCUUAAGGAUGAGAUCAUCCGCCCAUCCCCCUCGCUUCUGACCAUGUCUAGCUCCCCCCAUGGCACCUCAGAUGACCUUCCACCUGCCUCACCUAACAAUGGCCUCGGCCUGCUGCGCAGCACGUACUACUCUGCUCAGGAUGACGUGGAUCUGUACACAGACUCGGAACCCAGGGCUAGCUACCGUAGGCAAGAUGCUCUGAGGCCAGAUGUGUGGCUGGUCAGAAACGAUGCCCACCCCCUUUACCACAAGCGCUCACCCCCUGCCAAAGAGUCUGCCCUAUCCAAGUGCCAAAACUGCGGCGUGUUCUGCAGCUCCUCCCUCUGCCAGCGCUGUGAUAGCCUGCUCACCUGUCCUUCAGCCUCCAAGCCCAGUGCUUUCCCCAGCAAGGCCUCUGCCCACGACAGCCUGGCCCAUGGGGCAUCUCUGCGGGAGAAAUACUCAGGCCAGACUCAGGGCCUUGACCGGUUGCCACAUCUCCACCCAAAACCCAAGCCCUCUGCCACAGCCACCUCCCGCUGUGGCUUCUGCAACCGCCUCGGCGCCACCAACACCUGCACCCAGUGUUCAAAAGUUUCCUGCGACACCUGCCUCAGCGCCUACCAUUACGAUCCCUGCUGCAAAAAGAGUGAACACAAGUUCAUGCCCAACAACCAGCUGAACUACAAGUCCACCCAGUUCUCCCAUCUUGUGUACAGAUAGAUUUGACCUUGCAUCUCCCCGCUACAAGGGCUACACCGCUGACCUUUCUGGUUUCCUGGUGAAGUAGUAUUAAUGCAUUGGUCUCAGAAGCAGAGACCUGCACUUAACCGUGGAGGUGGUGGGGAUUGUGGGCCAGCUGCAUCCACGUGAGAGUUCACUUAAUGACUCAAGAUAUUUCAACUGAUAGCUGCUUUGUUGUCUGACAAGGGAGAGGGUCGCACUUCCGUUCAGAUUCGUUUUUGCAAAUCACUCCCUGUUCAGUUGAGUUUUUUCCUUUAAAGAAGAUUGUUAUCUCUGGGAUUCUCACUGCACGUAUUCUUCCCACUGCGAAGCCACCGUGGACUGGGAAGGGGCCUUCAGGUCGAACACCUGUCUGGAGUGGCGAGCUGGAGGCCUGUUGGCUUGUGAAAUGAGCCCUCCUGCCACACUGGGCCUCUCCCAAUGGUUAAUCCCUUGGUCGCCCCCCCCCUUCCCAGCUGGACUCCCCAUGCCCUGACUUUCCUUCCUCUCCAGGUGUCAUAGGUGAACCGAGUCCAGUAUUAGCUGAAUGUCAUCUUAUUGCCACCAUAGCUCACUCAGCCAGUGGUGUUUAUGAACUUGGUUCCAAUACAUAGCAGUGUGAACUUUCCACAGCAGGACUCACUUUUUUCCCUUUCUGUUGUUUGCACAUGUUCCUCUUACUGUACUGUAAAUAGAUAUUUUUGAGAUUUAUUUUUAAAUAAAUAUUCAACUUGCUGUGUGUUUCAAAGUGGUUAAAAAAUUAAUUAUGUAGCUAUUUAUGAAAAUGCCCUGGGUUCUUUAGUCUUCCAAGGGAGGGCCUCAUGCCCUUUCCUGUUAUGUCCUCCACUCCCUACAGCCUGAAGGUAGAGUGGAGAGUUGGGGGCAGGAGAGGAAUAGAGGUGAAGUCCCACCCUUAAGUUGGUGGAAAGCCACUGUCUUCCCUAUGAUAAAUAUCUAGACACCUACCUCCAGUGUGCACUUAGGGUGUUAGAGCAGGUGUUGAGUUCUGGAUGCCUGCAGACUGUGAUACCUAGUGACGAGUCAGGGACAGACCCUUCAGAUCUGUUGCCCUGGCCUUUGGCACUUGCUGAGUGUGAACCUUGUACUCCAAACUUCUUGAGUCUUAUUUCAGAAGGAAAAGCCUUUGGGAUUCCCACCAGCCCUCCAUCUCAGUCCUCUUUUCUUCACCAGUUUCCAGGACUCAUCUGCAGCAACAUUUGCGAUUUUUUUGCACUAAAAUUGGGCAGGAGCUGGCAAGUGCCCAUGAGGCAGAUGGCUCCUCAGAUACUCAGCUAAGCCUAAGCACUUCCAAACUGGAGGCCCAUUCAACUCCUCAUGUGAAUUAGCAACCCCUGGAUUUUUCUUUUGGGGGCACAGAGCAGGAGUGGGGCAAAAUUUUAAAAGUAAAGCCGCUUCCUUGUGAACUAAUAAUAUAUUUUAGCCAUAAAUGUUUGUGACGUACACCACGUUAAGAGAUUUAUGUACAGUGAGUUUUUCCAGGAGAAAGAUACUGGCUCUUGAGCAAGUUUAAAUCUGGCUGAAUUCUGAGGCCACUGUGAAUUUGCUGAUGUUCUUCCAACUCAGUUGAAUGAUUCUAAGGUUUUUCCAAAUCUUCUACAGCUCUUUUUUUUUGAUAUAUCUGGUAGAUCAUAUGUAGGUUUACAAUGUGUAUAUUAAGCUGAAUUUCAACCAACUUUAUUAUUAAGACUAUCUGGGGCAUUCAUCUUUGAUGUUCUUCCUUUUCACAUUUUAGAACCAGCAAUGCCUGGCCCAUUCCUGAGAGCUCUAGUUUUCUAGUUUUCCAUUUCCAGAUUGCUCCAGUAUUACCAAUAACUAACUCUUUUAACAAACCGUGAUGCCACGUAACUUACACAGUGAAUAAAACCAAGAAUGACUAAACUCAUCCUAAGAGGAAAAAGUCCAAUGUACCUAUCAUCACGGAAGUACUGUGUUCAUAGACUGGAAUAGGAAAUACUACAACCAUGCUCUUUGGUGUGUAUCUUACUGUAUGAGGUUGCUGUGAUUGAGAUAGUAAAAUAUAUGCUAAUUUAAAAAUGCAGAUGUUUUGCAUUUGAUUUCUAUGAAGAGUUGAAAUGUUGAGGAGAUGAUUAAAAAUAUUAAUAAUAAAAUGUCUUCCAUUGUUAAA